CAGAGAACACACACAGGAGAGAAACCUUAUAGCUGUGAUCAAUGUGGGAAGAGUUUUACUACAUCUGGCUAUCUGACUUUACACCAGAGAACACAUACAGGAGAGAAAGCUUUUAGCUGUGAUCAAUGUGGGAAGAGUUUUACUACAUCUGGCUCUCUGACUAUACACCAGAGAACACACACAGGAGAGAAACCUUAUAGCUGUAAUCAAUGUGGGAAGAGUUUUGUUACAUCUAGCAGUCUGACUAUACACCAGAGAACACACACAGGAGAUAAACCUUAUAGCUGUGGUCAAUGUGGGAAGACUUUUACUCAGUCAACCAACCUGAUAUCACACCAGAGAACACACACAGGAGAUAAACCUUAUAGCUGUGCUCAAUGUGGGAAGAGUUUUACUACAUCUGGCUCUCUGACUUUACACCAGAGAACACACACAGGAGAGAAACCUUUUAGCUGCGGUCAAUGUGGGAAGAGUUUUGGUCAUUCUGGGGAUCUGACAGUGCACCAGAGAACACACACAGGAGAGAAAUCAUAUAGCUGUGGUCAAUGUGGGAAGAGUUUUGGUCAAUCUGGCCAUCUGACAUUACACCAGAGAACACACACAGGAGAGAAACCUUAUAGCUGUGGUCAAUGUGGGAAGAGUUUUACUCAGUCAACCAACCUGAUAUUACACCAGAGAACACACACAGGAGAGAAACCCUAUAGUUGUGAUCAAUGUGGGAAGUGUUUUGUUCAAUCUGACCAGCUGACAGUACACCAGAGAAUACUCACAGGACAGAAACCCUAUAGCUGUGAUCAAUGUGGGAAGAGUUUUACUACAUCUGGUUCUCUGACUGUACACCAGAGAACACACACAGGGGAGAAACCUUAUAGCUGUGAUCAAUGUGGGAAGAGUUUUGGUCAAUCUAGCCAGCUGACAUUACACCAGAGAACACACACA